CGGACUCUUCCAUUUUCUCUCGCCGGCUCCUAUAGAGAGAGAGAGGAAUCUGAGUGAGGUUUGAGCUUAUCUCGACCAUCGCUAUCUGCGCUCCGAUCGGCGGCGGCGGCGGCGGCGGCGGCGACUGAGAAAAUGGCAGAAUCGAAGUCCUUCUUCAGGAAGCACUGGGAGGGGUGGAAGGACUUCUGGGGGGAGCGCUUCUCCUUCAUGGAGAACUACACCCGCUUCACCGACCGCGACGCUCCCCUCCCCUCCUGGUCCUCCUCCGACGUCGACGAGUUCAUCGCCUCCGAUCCCGUCCACGGCCCCACCCUGAAGACAGCGAGGGAAGCAGUGAACUAUGCGGCCGUUGGAAGUGUGAUUGGGGCAGUGACCACAGCAGGUUUUACCUGGAAAUAUUCAAGGAGCUUGCAUGGUGCUGGACUAUCCUUUGCAGCAGGGGCGGUGUUUGGCUGGACCUUUGGACAGGAAAUCGCCAGCCAUUCGAAGCAGCUGUACCGAUUGGAUACCAUGGCUGCACAAGUCAAGUUCUUGGAGUGGUGGGAGAACAAAACGAGGAGCCACUAGGAACUUAGUGAGUCUGGGACAUGAAAAUGAAACUGAAGCCCUUGUUUUGCUUCCUUCGAAUAAGAUCGAGAUGGAACUGUCGACUGUGGAUGUUUAUGUGGCUACAUCUUUUGAAGCCUUCUGGUUUUGGACUUCCAGAUUGUUGGCUUUGCUGAUUCAUAUGAUAAACGGUUGCUCAUUUUUGUGGAGACUGCUUUGGUUAAAUCUGUGGGCUCAACAAGAAGUAGAACUUUGAGAA